AAGACCGACAUCAUCAAUCGCCAUCGACGACACCCCGCGCUCGUUCAAGCUUACGUUCCUUACUCAAACCGCCAAAAUGACCCGCGCCCAGCAGACCAUCUCUCUCGCCCUCCUCGUCUCCUCCCUCUACCUUGCUCUCUUCCUGGAGCUCAUCCCUCUUCCUCCCCUGAUCCAGGAGCAGAUCGUCCCUGUGCUCCCCUUCUGGGCACUCGUGUCCUUUGGCGCAUACCUCCUCUUCCGACUCGGCUUCGGCAUCCUCACCUUCAACGACGUUCCCAACGCGCACAAGGAGCUCACGGCGGAGAUUGAGCAGGCCAAGGUCGAGCUACGAAAGCUCGGCGUCACCGUCGACUAAUUGCCUACCGAAUGAACUACGAUGAUCUAGAUGGGGCAAAAAGGGGGUUGGAUGCAUUUUGGCUCUUGGGGCCUAAUCAACUUUAAUCUACAAUAAUCUGGUAUCUUGCUGGUGUGGCCCGCGCGAAAAGAUUUCCUUUACACCACGCCAAUGCAUUCGUAAACUUUGCCAUAUAUCCCGACUCUAUCAUGAUUGCUCGCCUGCGAUGAGCGCUACAAUUG